CUGCAACAGGAGAGUGAAUGUCUGCAGGAGAGGACUAAUCCUAACUGACUCGAGGCUGAAAUCUGUCUUUCUACAUCUUCAAAAUCACCAUCUGUGACCAAGAAGCAUGGAGGCAGAAGGCUGUAAUCCUGGUGUAACCAUAGAUUCAGGUAAUCCACUACUAAAAGCAGUGUUUCUCCGUCGCCUGCGGCUCACACGACUCCUCCUGGAAGGGGGAGCCUAUAUUAAUGAGAGUGACAGCCAAGGCCAGACCCCACUGAUGGUGGCCUGCCGUACCCAGCAUGUUGAUGCCCAGAGUGCCAGUCGAGUCAAGCUGAUCCAGUUUCUUCUAGAAAAGGGAGCAGACCCCAACAUCCAGGACAAAGAAGGUCGAUCUGCACUGAUGCAUGCCUGCCGGGAGCAGGAUGGCCCAGAGGUGGUUUCUCUGCUUUUGGCCAGUGGGGCAGACAUCAGUCUGGAGGAUCAGUCUGGGACAUCAGCAUUGGUUUACGCAGUCAUGGCUGGAGACCUAAAGGUGCUGAACUUGUUGCUUGAUGCAUGCAAAGACAAGGGAAAGGAGGUGAUCAUCAUAACAACUGACAAAUUCCCAUGUGGUAAACUGCAAACCAAGCAGUACCUCAGCAUGCCUCCCCUUCGUCCUCUUGACCAGGCAGAAAAAAUGACAUUACCAGCUCCUGCAUCUCCAUCUGAAAUCCAGCUCAUCACAUCUCCCCAGUGCACCUCCUCUACCUUGUGCCCUCCAAAACCAGUCUUUUCUUUUAAAGAAGCACAGAUCUGUGGCAUAAGCUCCCAUCCGUGCUCCCCGUCAAGAUUUCGCGGGCUUUGCCAAGCACCUCUAAAUGGACUGCAGCAGCCUCUACUGAGGCUGAAUUCUGAACCCUGGCUGAAGAUCCCAGCAUCUCUGCUCACCCAGCAACCUCCUGAAGCUUCAGUCUCAGAAAAAGCCCAGGAUUUAAGUCUGACUGAUAACUUCUCAUUCAGAGUUCCUAGACGGGAUGAGGAUAACAGCCCAAACUUUGACAGCUACAAAUGUUGUGAAGCAAGUAAUAAAAAAGCGAGAGAUGGAAAGAAUGAUAGUGCCAAACAAGUUGGACAAAAGAUACUACUACCAGGUCUCAUUUCAUCUCACUCUGCCUCCCAUCCUAAUCUGCAUUCUGUAAACCUUGGUACAGAUUCAGUUCCCUCCUCGCUUUCCACUGGUAAAAUUCUUGUAACGCAACUGCAACCUUGCAUGGCUUCAUCAAGCCUUCAUAAUGUCAUUCAAAGACGCAAGCUAGGUGCAGACAUAUACAACUCUGACCCACAAAUAGCUGUAAACAUUCAAAAUGUCCCUGAAGAGCAGAAAGCUAGAGACCUGACAGAUGGCAAGAGGCUGGCGCCUUUGCAUUCCUCUAGCACAAUGGGUUCCAGGGAGUUGGUGUCAGGAACGAGUCAGAGAAUCCUUUCUGGAUAUGAGCGCAGAGGUUCUGGUGCCUUCUUGCUGGAUCUUAACUCACAGGCCAGACCAAGAUCUCUGCCACCUCUUACUAACACCCCCAUCCUUAAUGUUUGUAACCUCAGCUCCAGCAAUGGAAGUAGUUUUUCUGAGAAAGAGUCUGGCCAAAAGCAUUUUUUUCCCUCUGCUCCUCCUGGGCCCCGGAAAGAGCUUACUAGGAGGAUGCUUCUAAGAAGACACUCAAUGCAGACUGAACAGUUCAAGGCCACAGCUUGAAAUCUAGCCAGGAUGCAAGAAAAGUGCAAGCAUGUUCCGACGUGAAUUCUGUUCUCCUGUGAGCUAUGGUGUGUGCAUAUUAACUGAGGAAAACGAAAGAGUGUAUGCAAAAUUAUUGGAU